CUUAUUUACAAAUGUAAACAAUUGAAGACAGCUGGAAAUUGUGUAGACGGUAUUUAAAAAUGUACAUUACGAAAGAUGUGUCUCGAAAAUGGCUUAAUAAUAUUUAUGUAAUGCUUUUAAUGUUCGUGCUUUCUUCAAACGAAGACUUUCUGGUGAAAGCCAGGAGAACUCAAUAUCUAGGUCGACGAAAUCAAUGGCCAAAUGCCACCAUACCUUACGUCAUCGACUGCUCUAUAGCAAACGUGGUGGGAGCAAAAGAUCUUAUAAAAGCAGCAAUGAAAGCAUGGGAAAAUAAGACUUGCAUUCGAUUUGUGAGGCGAACAAAUGAGAAAAGAUAUUUACUAAUACAAAGACAAAAAGGUUGUUGGGGCGAGGUUGGUUACAAAAAAAGAAUUUCUAAAAUGUCAAUUGGCGACGGCUGUGAAUUCAAGUAUGUGAUUAUGCAUGAGCUAGGUCAUGUGAUUGGAUUUUUUCAUGAACAUCAGCGGGCGGACCGAGACGAGUUUGUGGAGAUACUUUGGGAUAAUGUUAUAAACUCGAUGUUGAAGCAAUUCUACAAGCGACCAAGAAAUGAUCAAAUGGACACAAAAUUACCAUAUGAUUAUUCCAGUAUCAUGCAUUACAAGUUCUCUGCAUUCACAAAGAAUGAUUCUUUACUCACGAUCAUUGGACGAGAUGAAAACUCUACGCUGAAUGCAACACCGUAUAGUUUUAUCACAGAUCUUGAUGUUAAAAAGACACAAGAAAUGUACAACUGCUCAAAAGUUGUGUCAAAAGACUGUGAAAGUUUCAUCAUGAGUCCCGGAUGGUUUGCAACCACUCGACGAGAAAGGAAAGUUAGCAUUAUGAUCGAUGGUAAAGAAAUGUCACAAAAUAGACAGGGAAUAAAUGUGGUUGUUUUUGAUUAUCUCUCUGGAAGGCGAAAGAACUCUAUCAUUCGAAGCAUUUCGACGAAGACAGCGGCUCGACGACUUUCAUAUUUUAUACGAACAUCUCAAAAAAGAAGCUAUUUCCUUAUGGCAAGUAACGUUCCUUCGUUUUCACAUCUCCGAGAGGCAAGAUAUUCUUUCAAGAGUAUUGGCAUUAUAUUACCUCAAACAAUUCCUUCCGGUAGCUCACUGUGUAUGGUUGGUUAUAAAGGAAAGGAUGAUGUCACUGUGAGAUAUUUGAUUGGAUCUCCAAAAGAGAAAUUUACGUUUCUCACCAUGAACAUAACGUUAGCUUCAGAUUAUAAUUGUCAAAAUGAUGGCCGUCUUUGUGGAAGGCAAGCUAAACAAGGAAAAUGUAAAAGCAAUCCGUUAUAUUACAUGAGAUCUUGUCAAAAAGCAUGUAAAGCGUGUAAAAAAGGCAAACCUUGUGAGGAUGAAAACAAAAAUUGCAAAUCUUGGGCAAAGAUGAUGUAUUGUCGCUCACAUCCAAGCUUCAUGUUGAAGUAUUGUAAAGUCAGCUGCAACGUUUGUAGAAAAGCUUUACCUGCGCGUAAGAAAGGCAUCAAAAGAAAAAACAUACGAAGGGUUGUGGUUGUAAAUCAUGCAAAAAAACGAGUAAAGAAAUUCUUUUCCGAAAAUGUCGACGAUGAAGAAGAAAAUAAGAGAAAGUUUGUUGGAAUAAAAUGUCAAGAUGAAAAUGAAUUAUGUCCAUCUUGGGCUUCGUCUGGUCGUUGUGAAACAGACUCAUGGGUGACGAAAAACUGUUUACUUAGUUGUAAAGCAAAGGGCUCGUGUGACAAAGAGCAGAUAAAACCUCCAGUAGGAAGAUGCACAAAGCCUUUAGGACUUGGCUGGGACAGAAGACUUCCUGAUGAAAAUUUUUCCGCUUCAUCGUUUUAUAAAACGGGUCUGUGGAAUGCGAGCGCAGAUAAUGCAAGACUGUACAUGGAAGAUGAUUAUAUAAAAUUUCAGAUUGGAUCAUGGUGUUCAAGUUUUCCUACAAAAAAGGGUGAAUGGCUGAAAGUUGAUCUGGGAAGGACGAGAAGAGUGAGUGCAGUUGCUACACAAGGAAGAUUUCGUUUUUACGAGCACGUUAAAACAUACAAACUGUCUUACAGUCGACACGGUAAAACAUGGAAAUACUAUUAUGAAAAUAGACGUGAAAAGGUAUUCAAAGGCAACUGUGAUCACGUCACCCCAGUUUUGAAUAUUUUUGAGAAGACCAUCGUAGCUCGUUACAUUCGCUUUCAUCCUUUAACGUUUUAUGAAGGUAUUUGCAUGAGAGUCGAGAUCUACGGAUGUUGACACUGGAAUAUUAUUGUCUCUAUGACAUUAAAAAUGUUCUCUCUCUCGUGAUAGCUAUCUAAAUUAAUAACACAAAUUAAAUGAGUUUUAAAUAGUUUUUGUUGUAUUUAAAUGUGAAAAAAAAAUUACUUUUAAAAAUUUGCUACAUCUGUCUUGAGCUGUACAAACCAUAAAGUUUGUGGACGGGUAAAUCACAUUAUUCUGAUGUAAGGAAAUGGGUCAGGGGAAAAGUAUGUGAAACAAGGACUUAUCUUGAUUGAUUUUGCGAAAAGUUGUUAUGCACAUCUCAACACAAGAUUUCUGCUUUUGACGACAAUACAAGAUGAUGACGACGACAAUACAAGAAUUCUGAGUGCAUUAAGUUAUGUUCAAAAUUUUUUAUUUAUCUAUUGUUUUCAUACAAUAUGUUUGUUUGGUUUGCUUUGUGAAAAACUGUUAAUAUUCCCAAACGUCAUAUGUUUCCCAACGUAGAGCAUGCAUCUGAAGCCCAACUGAGAAAAGUUUGUGAAGUGGAAUAUCCAAGUUAUUGUAGCUGUUAUUGAAGAUGAAAAUGAUGUGAAAGGACGUCAGCAGCACUCAUCUUAAAAUUCGUUUAAUUUUGUUGGAUUAUAGUGAGGUUUGCGUUUCGAUUGUUGGAGCUCAACUUGUUAUGAAAUGGAAGUUUUUAUAAGAGGAAAGUCUAAAGAGAUUGUAAACGAUUAUUUUUCUUCCUCCUGAUAGUGUCAUUUUUCCUGUCGAAGGUGCACAUAAAGUGAGAGUCAUUUAAAAACACGACAUUUCAUUCAUAAGAAAAGAAAACGAAACCAUUUAUAUAAAGGUUUGUGGUUGUAUUUACUUCUGUGUGAAAAUGAUACACUUAUUCUAUUUGUAUAGUUUUUGGUAUGAAAUUUCUGGAAAAUUUUGUAACUUGAGAUUUAAUCAAAAGCAUAAAGCUGUAGCUCAGUGCAAGGUGUAUGGACGAUGCAGUUAUUGGUCACCACGAGCCUAAUUACCGUUGUAUGUCUACUCCUCAUGUAACAAGAAAGAUGAAGUGGUGCUAGUUGUUGAAAGCAAGUGUUAAACCUCAAUUUUUUAUUAAAUCUCUUGUUUGGUCGUGGUGAAAGUGGUCUUUUAAUGGUUGAAUUGGAAUUAUUUAAAGUACAAUUUUUGGCUUUUAUAUUCCUUACAAGAUACUACUUUCCAAGAAUGUAGGUGAUCUUUGCUGCUGGAAUCGUGGCCAAAAUACUGUAUAGUAUCAAAUGGUUACUUGAUGAAUUUUGGAAACUAUGCUAACUGCUUGUUGAACAAACAGUCUUGAUUAAUAGUGCGAAGGAGUACAUGAACUGUAUGAUUUUUUAAAUAUCGUUCAUGUCGUCUUUUAGAAAAUAACGCCUUUUCAAAUAUCGUUCAUGUCGUCUCUUAGAAAAUAACGCCUUUUCAAAUGUCGUUCAUGUCGUCUUUUAGAAAAUAACGCCUUUUCAAAUGUCGUUCAUGUCAUCUUUAAGAUAAUAACGCCUUUUCAAAUGUCGUUCAUGUCAUCUUUUAGAAAAUAAAAACUUCUUCAAAUGUUA